CAGGGGUGAUUUGUUGUUUGGUAGACUAUAACAACAAACCUUGAUGUUGGGCAUUUUGCUCUCUUCGGGACAUUUCUUUGAAAAUGGAUUCCUGUGGAAGACCAUAUAUUCAGAGAAAUCGCCAUUCAUAUCUCCACGCUAAACAAAAGAUGAAAAACCACAAACAAGAUGUUGGUAUUGAAGAUGGSCCCACAGAGAAGCGAAGAUCAUCGGCUUCAGUCGACGAAAUUCGRGAUCUUUACUCCGCACUUCAAGGACUUGUUCCCAGUYCUAGUGGAUCAUCUGUGGACGUGAGCGAAACACCUGGCACUAGUAAUUUGAAUUCAGAUAAUACAUCGCAAAGUAGCAAGGAGCAGCUUUUCACGAGGUAUUCAGAUCCAAUCCCUUCAAAAGCUACACCCACACCAGGGAUAGUGGAGGGACGUCGAAGUAGAUCACAUUCUCUAGAUGCCACUCCUUUCAGUAGAUCACAUUCUCUAGAUGCCACUCCUUUCUUUAACUCUAAGAGGGUGAUCAUGAAGCAAGACUCUAUAGAUGUCUAUAGGAGUAAAAGGACACUGACCAAAUCAAAAGAAAGCAUCGAACAAUUAUUUACAGUUGUCAAAGACUUUGAUGAAACAGAGAUUAAUUAUACCAGAGGGAGAUCACAUUCUUUGAGUGUACUUUUGGAAGCAACUUCUGCAGAGGCAACUGAAGACCAUGAAAUAUGCGAAACCGAUGGUAAAGAACUUUCGUCUUCCGCUGAUUURAAUUAUAUACAGAAWACGUURYACCCAGAAAUURGCGGGGAAUCUAUUGCGGAAAACGCCCACCAAAUAGCAGAAAAWGAUUCUAUGGAUUGUUUAUCUGGACUUCAAAAUGACGUUAAAAUAGAUUUUCCAAAUAAAAAGAGACUUUCGGCAGGUGACAUUUUGGAACGACAAAGGGCAAGGUUCUGRGAUCCUCGGACACCAUACAGACGUCGGUCCAUAGGAGGGUCAUUAUUGCUYAGUGCUAUUGUCAGCUCGACGUCAACGUCACCGAAACGGAAAGGCUCGCUGGCUAGCGCUCUGACUCUCAUCGCUCACAAAAAUYAACUUCAAGAAUUCCUGAAGAACUUUCAUAAAAAUGAAUGCUCUGGACAGCAGCAAAAUGAAGAAACAGAUCAAAGAAA